AAGGGUGAACUAUUGUGCAAGUGACAUGUUUCUUUUUUGGACUUAACAAGCCACCAGGGACCAAAUAAGUUACUGCUCGUUCUUACAGAAACAUCUAAUUGUCCUCUUAAUGUAGCAACUGACUUCAAUACAGUACAUCAACUCAUUAACCCCAUACCAACAUAAUUCAUCAUGUACUUAAAAAGCAAUAAGAUAACAUUCAGUCUAGCGUAUUAUUUCCAAUAAUAAUCUCAACUGCUUUAAGAAAUGUCUGUGGCUUCAUGCCUUAGAUUAUUUAAAUCACUUUUUAAAUUUAUAAAUGCAAGGUGAUGGAAAGUCACAUCUUGUCCCCACAAAACCACACAUGUAAUUUCAUAUAGCUGACACACCUGCACAGACAGACUCCCAUAUUCUGUGUUGGGUGGGGUUGAGAGGAAAACCAUGUUGAAAUGAACUCAGUGUGCACCUGCUGAGCAGACUAUCAGCUGCAGUAUUCUUGUGUCAUCUCAAGAUCAUCGCUCACAAGCCUCAUCUGGAGAAAGAGAACGGGGAACAGCAAAAUGGGGUUGUAUAGAGAGGUUUUGAUCCUCUCAUUUCUAGUCCAGUGGGCUACAGUAAUGUCCCAGGGUAUGAAGGAGAUGCCCUUUAACCAGUCAAUAAUAGGAUUUCCUAGACUACCUGCAGACUUCAGAGAAAUGGCCAAGAAACUGAUGAGCACAUGCUUCGAGAAAGGUCACCAGAUGCCUGUAAUGAACAAUUCAUUGAACAGCUCAUAUGGACAGAUGAUGGAGAACCCCAUGUCUAUUUUUCCAGAGCUUCUCUCCUCACUUCCUCAGUCUUUCCCCUCUCACUCCAACCCGCAGUUCAAUGAAACGGCAGAAAAGCAGGACUCAGUCUGGAACAUUGCUGAGAAGAUGCGGAACUGCACCAACAUGGGCCAUAUGAUUGAUCUCAUGAGGAAUAGUACGGAAGGUCCUCGUUGUUUCAUGCGGGCAUUCAUGGCUCCUCUUUCCUGGAUGACAAUAAUGCAGAAUGGAACUGACCUCAAUAAAGAAGAUCUAACAAAGCUUAUAUGGGCGGCUAAACCCUUCUUAGAAACAAUGCCUCCAUCUAGCUUUGUGUUGCCAGCGUUUUCACAAAGCUCUCACCUGGCUGAAAUGAUGAAGGUGUUUGGUGAGGUGUUCAGCGUUCUGUCUGAGGAACAGAGGAAUGCGAUCAUAGGGUGGAUCAAAGAGAGAGUUGCACUAAAUGAAUUUAAAUGCCUUCUGAAAGCACCUGCCUUUAGCAUCCAGCCUUCUGGAUCACUGCAAAAACCUAUCCUCCAAAAUGGCCCAUCAGUCAAAGCAGUGAUGACUGUGAUGAAUGUACUAGGAGCUCAAGGGAUUCAACAUCCAAUGAUGAAUGCUUCAACAUCGGUCCAUAUAUGUCCUUCCAGAAUGCCCUGGCUGAACGCUACAGUGUUAACAAUGAUGGGGCCUUUUCUAUCUCGACUGUCUUUAGAAGAAGCAAAGACCAUCCCUAAAGAUGAGCUAUGUGAGUUUUUUAAGACUCCAGAAUUCUCUCCAUCAUUUCAAAAUGUUAAUGGAAUACAGCCUGCCCUUGGCCGAACACUUUUUCAACGCUUGAAACAAGAGUGUUCCAGCAGCGACAAUUUCACUCAAAACCUGGACAGGCUGGGAUCUCUGGCUUGUUUCUUUGAUGGUGCACAGUCUCUGAAUCUGAAUCUUAGUAGAAAACUGCUGUCUCAGAUUGAUGCCUGUAACAACCCUGAAAUAGAUAAGGUGAAAAGACAGCUAGUACAGAACAUUCUGGAGAAAGAUAGCAGUUCCUCCUCUCCUGAGAUUCUGAAGUCUCUGGGAUCCGCUGUGUCUGCACUUCCUCUUUCCCGGCUGUCCCGCUUCUCCUCUGAGGACCUGAACAACACCCUCACCAGCUUGAGUCAGGCCAGUUGGAGCCCAGCUCAAGCUAAAACUCUGGCAAAGAAACUGUUAGAAGCUGCUAAGAAUAUAAGUGGUGAGAAGUUGUUGUCUCUGGGUACGAUGGUGAGAGGGGUGGCCAGUUCCCUCCUCAAGAAUGUGAAGGCAGAAGGGCUGCUGGGAAAUCAAGCCCUGAACACUAUGAGUGAGAAGAUGUCAUCCCUACAAAGAACAGCACUACUGGAAGCGUUCCGUCGUGAUGUAAAUGCAUCUGAACUGGUGAAGCGGCUGCCGGUUUCUCUCCUCUCUUCUCUGUCUCUGUCCACGCUGGAGAAGGCAGACCUCAGCUCUGUGGAUCAGCUGCAGGGACGCGGCUGGACUCGUGCUCAAUCAGCUUUCCUUCUGAAGAAGAUUUUGGGUAAUAAGAUCAACCUUGGUGAAUUACGGAAGCUGGGUCAGGCUGUACAGGGUGUCACUUGUGAAAUGAUUGAAAACACCAAUCGAACUGAUGCUUUGGAAAUGGCACAGACACUUAACAAUUCCUGCGCAUGGCUCUCCAGGGUUCAGAUUCGCUGUACUGCUCAAAAACUCUUUGCAAGUCUGGAGGAGCAGAGACCAGGAUAUUUCAACGACAUUAAAAAAUCUGAGCUCCAGGCCAUCCCAGCUGUGCUGCUCAUCCAUCUACCAGUGGAGAAGAUUCAAAACCUGUCCGAUGCUGUGUGUCCCACUUUCAUGGAGAAGAUGAAUCAAGUCAACCUGUCCUCUCUACCGAACAGCUCUCCAGCACGCAGUGCACUUACCAAAAGAGCCAUCAGCUGCCUGAAGAGGAACGCGUCUGAUCUGACUGCGGCAGAGGUUUUGACUCUAGGCCCUCUGGUGUGUGAGUUAGACCCAGCCUGGAUUUCCUCUCUGAACCCCACGACUCUAAACUCCACCCUGCAGGCUCUCGCCUCCUGUCAGUAUAUCCAGCAACAGCACAGAGAGCAUCUGUUCAGACUGCUUACGUCCACCUAUGGGGACACUACUUUAUGGUCAGAGGAAGAUAUGAGGAUGCUUGGGCCACUUUUGUUACUUAAUGACACUGCCAUUGAAAAGCUGCCACCCAAAAGCUGGGUAAAGUCAUAUUUGUCAGACCUGAUGGACAGUUUGCCCAGUCAGCCUGUGCUUCCUCCUCCAAAGGAAUUUCGCUCUUGGUUUGAUCUCUCUGCACUUCGUCGCAAACUUUUUGACCUCAAAACGAGUAGCACACUACAAAACCGCAGAAAGCGUGAAGUUAUUAGCACAGUGGUGUCCACUCUAAUAGAACCCACACUCACAUAUAUUGAGGACCUCAAACAGGGGAAUGUAUACUGGACUCCCACCCAGUUCAGUAAAAUGACUGUGCAGACUUUCAAAGAUGUUGUGCCAACAUUAGGAGAGAUAACCAGCUACAGCACAGAACAACUGGCUGCACUCAGAGCAAAAACCCUGGAGGCAUGGGGGAGUGUGUCCAUGUUGAAUGAGUCCCAGAUUGCUGAUCUGGGCUGCAUCUGCCAGAGCUUCAGUGCUGAAGAGCUGGGCAACCUCAGCAUUGCCUCACUGGACACUUUGGAGACAAUGACCACCUGCAACUUUUCCCAGACACAGAGGACAGCAGUCUGGCAGGCCUUUGAAAGGGUGGCUGGAAUCAACGUGUCUAGGUUAGGACAGCUGGAGAUGGUGGGUCUGGGACAGUUUAUCUGUGGUCUAAAACCUGGCCAGAUCGAUCAGCUCAAUCCCCUCAGCUUCAGGGAGUCAGUAGAGGCGGUGGGUCGUGCUCCUUGUCCUCUGAACAUUAGAGAGCUUCUGAAGGAAAAGGCAGUGGCUGCGUUUGGAAAGUCAAACACCUGGACUGAAGCUCAAGUCAACAUAAUGGGCAACAUUAUUGCUGGUUUAAGUGCUGUCGAGCUGGGAAGUCUAAAUUCAACCGUCCUGCCAUUCAUUCAGCCAUCCGCCAUCCCUCUCAUAUCCUCAGAUCGCUUAGCUGCACUGUCGGUCAGCCAGUUGAAGGCUUUGGGUCCUGACAAUGCUGCCGCAGUAACAGAGGCUCAGCGUUCAGGGCUGAGGGCCGAUCAAAAGGCUGCAUUGGAUGAAGCUGUGGGUCUGAAAACUGCACGUGCUGAAGUGCCCACUGGAAACUCCACCGGAAUCUCCAAUCCAGGCUCCAGUGGAUCAUCCACACUGCCAUUAAAAGGAGGUGCAGCUGUAGAGAGCAUGGCAGGAUGUGUCCUCCUCAUGCAGGCCAUUGCACUGCUGUUGUUUGGAUACAUUCUCUAAGGAGCAGAAGAGUCAAAGGCAAUAGGAUGUCAUGUGUCUGAUGGCAGAUGCUGAUGUAUGAUUAACCAGCAAACCAGUAGAUUUAAGAAAUGUUAUAAUUGCUUUGUUUUAAAACUUUAUUUAAAACUAAGUCACUGAUUGCACAUUUAAACUCAGUGAUUAGAGCAUAACCAAAGAUAGUACAAGAUGGUGAGAUGGUGGUUUGAUAAAAUUUGGUACUAGCCGAUCUUUAACUUAUUAAAUGUAUUUUAGAGAGAAACUAUAUUUGAUAAUACUGCUAUUUAGGUAUUUUCAAAUGCACAUCUAUUAUUGUUCUAUGAGAGACAGUUAACACGGUGUAUACUUCAUUAAAGUGUAUCUAAGAUGUAGUUUUAUUAUCAGUUAUUUAAUUGCAGUUAAAUGUUUGUAUUAGUUAGAGGUUGUGUUCUAUUUCAAAUCAUUUAUACCCAAACAUAAGGGUUAAUAAAGAUCUGAUUCUGUACAGAGAGUAAGUGUGAGAUUUGAAUAGUCAAAGCUGAGACUUUCACACCCUCAUGUGGUGUAGAAGCUAACCAUAACUGGUUUGCUUCUGAUGACCCGAAGUUCAUGCCAACCUUUCGUCAGAUGCACAAGCCAUCUACUUUGUCUGCUGUUGACACAUAAAGGGGUUAUGUAAAUUAUUGUAAAGGGGUUAUGUAAAUUAUUCACAGUAG